CUCCAACACCGCUCGCCGAUGGUCAUGACGUCCCCAACGCUCACAACGACCCGCACGGCAGACAAGGAGCAACCACGCAGCCCAUCGCCCGCCGACGACGCUGCCUCCACAAGAUCCGUAUCCGUUCCGCCAGAACGCGGCCCAAGCGGCAGCCCACACGUCUCCCGCGCUGUUUCCGCUGAACCAAAUCCCCCCAUCGCCAAGCUCGCCUCCGCAAAGCCUGCUUCCGCCGUCGCAGAUCCCGUCAAGGAGCAGUCAACAGAGGAGGAGCCAGAUGACACCAAGGCCACAGAAGAGGAAGAGGAGGUCGACGAGACGGGUGGUGAUCACAUCGACAUGGAGACGUUUGAACAAAUACUCGAGCUAGACGAGGACGAGGAGCGCUCCUUCUCGCGAGGCAUGGUCUGGGAGUACUUUGAUCAGGCUCAGGCUACCUUUGGCCAGAUGGACGAAGCCUACAAGAAGGAUGACACCGCCGAGCUUUCGAGGCUAGGGCAUUUCCUCAAGGGCUCGUCUGCUGCUCUGGGCCUUGCGAAGCUACAGGCAUCGUGCGAGAAGAUUCAGCAUUAUGGUCAGCUGCAGGAUCACGAUAGCCCGUCAAAGGGCUUGCUUGCAAAGAGUGAGGCACUUGAGAAGAUCCGCCCUCUGCUCUCGAGUGUAAAGGUCGAGUACAUUGUUGCCGAGAAGUGGCUCAAGAACUGGUACGCCAAGAACUCUACCGAGGACACAUGAGCUGCAUGCGCACUCGAUACAGGGGCAUCGGCAGCCCUUGUGGGCGGCACAACACACAUAGAAGCCAGGGGGUGGAGGAGAACACGACGACGGUGGGAGGCGGAAGACAGGCGCCCGAGCCAGCCAGCGGUCGCGGUCGUGCUGUUUCUCACCCUGGCGCAGGCCGAUGAUGUUGUGCCUCGUUGCGUGCAUCGCUGUGCAUGCGCCAGCCCUGCUGUACUAUAUGUAUGUUUCUGAAUGACUGUUUCCAUCCAUCUGCGACGCGAUAGCUUAAACCCUACUUGAUCAAUCAAUCGCUCCCCUCUACCUUUGCCAUAAAUCAUUCUCGUGUAUAUUUUGCCCAGACUACGUAC